AUGGGGCAAAUCAGCGACAAUAUUCCCCUCCUCUACCUGGGCAUUCUGGCGGCCGUUUAUCUCAAGCCGGAAUACGCCAUAUAUGAUUCUAGAGUCAUAACGGUCUUGCUAUUUUUCACUAUUAUCAACGUAUCAAGAGCCAUCUACCAACUCAUCCUGUAUCCCAGCUACUUCACCCCUCUCAGAGAUAUCCAGACGCCUCCCGGCCGAACAUUGCUGAGGGGUAACACCGAUUCCUGGUUCUUGGAUACUCCUCAUGCUAGAAUGAAAGAAUGGGUCAAGGCACUCCCUAAUGAAGGCCUGAUCCGUUACUACACAGUCGGCAACUUCGAACGACUUACAGUGACCAGUGCCAAAGCUCUCAGCGAGCUCUUGGUCACGAAGUCGUAUGAAUUCGUCAAACCAGCACUCACACGUCGGGCGUUGGGCAGAGCAGUGGGCUAUGGGAUGUUGACCGCAGAGGGCGAUGACCAUCGGUGGCAACGUAAAAGCCUGAUGCCCGCAUUCGCCUACCGCCAUAUAAAGGACCUCUACCCCAUAUUUUGGUCCAAGAGCAUCGAGAUGGUGCGACUGAUGCGCAAGGAUUUAGCGGCAACCACAGAUGGCGUGCUCACAGUAAAGGACUAUGCCAGCCGCGCUACUCUGGACAUCAUCGGUGUAGCAGGAAUGGGCCACGAUUUUGACUCGUUGCAGAAUCCCGAUAAUCCCCUCAACGCGGCAUACCAGAGAAUCUUCCAGGAUCGGGGUCUUUUGACCAAGCUAACAUUCAUGGCAACCGUCUUUUUUGGCGACAAUAUACUUUUGAGAAAUCUACCCACAUCCCGGGCCAAAGCUGUGGAUGAAAGUGGCGCAUACAUCCGCAACGUGGCGCGACAAAUGAUCGAAGGAGCCAAAGCUAAGUUGGCAGAUCCUAACGCUGAUCAUGGUGUCGAUAUCAUCUCAGUCGCAAUUCAGAGUGGCACCUUUGACGAAGAUAAUUUGGUCGAACAAGUCAUGACUUUCCUCGCUGCUGGCCACGAAACCACCUCCACUGCCCUUCAGUGGUCGAUCUACGCCCUAUCGAAGAAUCAAGAUGUCCAGGCUCGGCUGCGUGAAGAGGUCCGCGCCAAUUUACCAUCCAUUUUGAUCGACAACCCACAGGCCAUCGACGCAACCACCAUCGACAACCUACCAUAUCUCCACGCCGUCUGCAACGAGGUGUUGCGCUUCCACCCUUCUGUUCCUAUGACGGUCCGCGAGGCUGCCACCGACACUACCCUUGUGGGGAAGCAUAUCCCAAAGGGUACCAGAUUUGUCAUUUCACCGGAGCUUGUCAACCAUAUGACAGAGUUCUGGGGCCCAGACGCAAAUGAAUUCAACCCAGAUCGGUGGAUGGGGCCAGGCAAGGCCAACACGGGUGGAGCGACCAACAACUAUGCCUUCUUGAGUUUCAUCCACGGACCUCGUAGCUGCAUCGGACAGGGUUUCUCUAAGUCGGAGCUGGCAUGCCUAGUGGCAGCUGUGGUGGGAAGUUUUGCAUUCGAGUUACAAGACCCCAACGCCAAGUUAGAGGUGCGGGAGGGAGCGACAGCCGCCCCCAGAGACGGCGUCGUUGUUAAAGCUACUGCCUUGGAAGGGUGGUAG